GCCUCAAGACGUCCUUCAUACUUCCUUCUGCUCUUUAACCUGCUGCCUCACAAUCAGGUACGUCGGCAAAAACAAGAAGCUGGAAGAAAUGACCGAACACGCUUCUAAGUGUGUCUGUUGAAUGUACACAAUACAUCUCCGUCUGAUCCUUGUGACAAUACUCUCGCCAGCUCCUCGGUUCAUGUAUCGAAUUUGCUUGAUGCGGUGUGAAGCUACCCGUCUCCUUGUCCGUCGAGAAUAGUGGAUCAGAUUAUCAUAUGCCAGACCUGGGGAAUCACAGCACUCAAAAUACGAUGUCGGAAUCAAGGAAGGAUGCGGCCUUGAAGUCCGCGACCACUCCAUUGCUGGACGAUGAUCCCGAAAACAACUCUUCGAUCAAGGUGGAGCAAAAAUCGAAAAUUUCCCUGUGGCAGCACAUAAAGGAUGAGGUGAAGUGCUAUUCUCGGUACUCGUGCCCAGUUAUCGUCUUCAAUUUGUUAAUAGUUUUGAUAUUGCUAGCAUAUUUUCACGUAAUCUGAAGUGAUACCUACUUCGGGGACCGCAAUUCCGCCACUUAUUGCCACCAGAAGCUGUUCCUUCAAUUCUGGAAUCGAGCACUCCUCAACAGGAAACAAGGGGAAUCAUCAGACUUUCAUAUGUCUACCUUUACGAGGUUUAGCUACGUUAUAGACAACAAACGUGGUGCCACUCAAGAAACUGGUUCUGUUUUGCCAUAUCAUAUCUGGUUUUUCUGAGAGGUUGCCUAGCAGAGAGGGUAAAUGAAACUGAAACGAUUCCUACACAUGUACCGCAGAUGUUUUUUUGUUUAAAAUACUUGAGCCUGAUCAGAUGUUCUGUUUGCGGCGAGACUUUGUUGAGAGAGGGUACACUCAAUGAGACCAG